GAAGGCCGCAGAGCUACUAUCGCUAGCCUGUAAGUCUGUCGUCUUAGAAACGUUUAAUAUCAACAGCAGCGGACUGCAGAGACACUUGUUGUCAGAAAAUAACUGGACAUCAUCGGCAACAUAUUUCAGGAAGAUGAUUCUGGAGCUGUCCAACCCUUCAGUGUGCAUGAAGGACCCUGACAGAGUCCAGGAGGUCCUGCAGUCCAUGGUGAAGGCUGGAUCCAACACCCUGCAGGUGAUCUCUGACUUUGACAUGACUCUGACAAGAUUCGAAUUCAACGGGAAAAGGUGCCCCACCUGUCAUAAUAUUCUUGAUAACAGCAUACUCAUCUCCGCCGACUGCAAACAGAAGCUGAAGGGGCUGCUCGACACGUACUACCCCAUCGAGAUCGACUCGUCGCGCUCGGUGGAGGAGAAGCUCCCUCUGAUGGUGGAGUGGUGGACCAAAGCCCACGAGCUGCUGGUCGAGCAGAAGAUCAGGAAAGACCGUCUGUCCGUGGCGGUCCGGGAGUCGGACGCCAUGCUGAGGGAAGGCUACCAGCUGUUCUUCGACCACCUGCACCAGCACAGCAUCCCGCUGCUCAUCUUCUCCGCCGGGAUCGGAGACAUCCUGGAAGAGGUGAUCCGCCAGGCCGGCGUCUUCCACCCCAACGUCAACGUCUUCUCCAACUACAUGGACUUCGACGAGUCGGGCGUGCUGACGGCCUUCAAGGGAGAGCUGAUCCACAUCUACAACAAGAGGGAAGGCGCGCUGCUCAACACCGGCCACUUCCAGGAGCUGCGCACGCGGCCCAACGUGCUGCUGAUGGGAGACUCCCUGGGAGACCUCAACAUGGCGGACGGCGUGCAGGACAUGGAGAACAUCCUCAAGGUCGGCUUCCUCAACGACAAGGUGGAGGAGCGGAAGCAGUCGUACCUGGACGCUUACGACAUCGUGUUGAUAAAGGACGAGACCCUGGAGGUCCCCAACGCGCUGCUGCACUACCUGACCGGCAGUCAGUGAACUGUGACGGGCCGCCGGACGCCGAGGGGCCACCAGCUGCGAGGUGCUCGUUAGAUUCCCGCUGGAAGGCAUCGGAGUCCGUCAGGUUUGAUCUCUGUCUUCAUCAAAAGGCUCCGCGGCAGGAGCCGGCCGGUCCCUGUCCUCCACCUCACUCUUGUCCUUGGGAACAAAGUGCUUUUCACCAGACUUGUUGUUGUGGCGGCCAAACUCGCACUGACCACGCUGCAUGACGUGCACGCGACAUGCACGCGACCGCUGAGCGUCUCUGUGGCGACCUUCACUGGUUUUUCUAAAGGAUGUAAUAAAGGGAGAGGAGAAGUGACGCUGCACUGAGCUUCACAGUGGUUUUACAUGAAACUUUCUUUUUUUUUAGUCUGGCUCCACUCGACACUCAUUGAGAAAACGUCUGAUUGUUCUCAGAGCUGCUACCUCAGAUGUGUUCAGGUCUCAUCGGGAAAAACAGAUUCUGUCAACAUUUCCACCCGAACCGUCGCCGUACGCCUCUCCGCCGUUUUCAGUCUCGUCUUGGUCUUCGUGACAGAGAUCAGUGUCUAGAAAAUAACUCGCUGCAAUGAGACUUUGAUUGAUCACAGAUGACAUGGUUUAUUGAUCGUCUGCUCGUCGUCGUGCUCCACAUCCAAACACUUCCCUCUCUUGUUCCAGUCGGCCUGCAAAUCAAUAAAAACCAUCAACACUUUCAUUUUCAGUUUUCUGCUGCUCUAUUCUUCAAAUACCGACGGAAAGAAUGCCCACACGGUUUCUC